AUGGGCAGCUACCUGAGCAAGCCGGGACCCUCGCCGUUGUCCCCAGCCCAGAUCCGCACUGACUUGCCCGAGAGGUCGAUGAACCGCCGGCCAGCUCGGCCCCUUCACCAUGUCCAUCGGGUUCAGCACGUCCACCGCGCCCACCCUGCCCCGCGGCACAGACCUGUCAGGAGGCCGCCUAACUGGGAUCCUGCCAGUCCAACCGCAGGGGUGGUCAACGAGGCUUGGAGGCGCUUUCCCAUGAAGAGGCCCCAGAAUUCCGUCGUGGGGCCUCUUCCCUCAGACUGGUGGGAAAGUUAUCUCAAGCGGACUAUUUGGUCUCUUAGGCACCCCAGGGCAACAUGGAGCCCGGUGACCAUCAAAAUCACUCCUCCUGAGGGGAAAGCGCCCUCGCCAAUUUCCCCAGCACGUGUAAUCCACUCUGCAGGGUUCUCAUCCUCCGAGGAGAUCCCAGAUCCAGGUGCAAAGGAGACAGUGCUGAGGGCCCUCACAGAGUGCAGGAAAGGAAGAAUGAGGUUGGAAGAACCGCUAUUCCUGGAGAGCUUAGACAGUAAGAGAAGGAGUCCAGGUCCUAGAUCAUCUGCAUUUAAGCCCCUGAUUAAAAAUGGAGUCCUCACUUCUUUUGUGCCCAGGCCUGGACCUCUGAAGAGAAGCCUCCACUCCAGGAGUUCAGAUCACAGCUUGGAUGAAAAGCCCAGUUGCUCCUCCAUGAGCUUCUUGCCCAGCAUACACACAGGUGGCCCCCUCAGCUCUAAAAGAAGUGCUGUUACCAGCUCUUCCAGCUCUUCCAGAGAUUUCUCAGAGCCUUGGAAGAGAAGUGUUCCCAGUGCAUCACUCCAGACACGAGAGUGGCCAGUAAGAAAGAAAGAGAAAGGUUAUCAGUCUUACUCUCAAGUCUCACUGGUAUCAGACAAUGAGUUCCCAGGAGAAUCUGUAAGUUCUGGGCAGCAAAAUCAGAAGAUGUCACUGCUGCUGUCAAGACCUGAGAACCUGCUGUCCCUGACCUCCUCUACCCAGCUUGGUUUUGCAGUCCCUGAUGAAGACCUGACCUUGGGGAACAAAACUGGGCUCCAGUUGAUCAACAAAGCCAGAGAGGAUACAACUGAGGCCACCACAAACCCUCUCCCUGAGACUUGGCCUGCCAUUCAGCCUUCACCGUCUCUCACUCUGCCUUCUUCAGGGACAGCUCCGACCCAGGGCACAAAUCCUCAGCUAGAAAUCUUAGAGAAAAUGCAGAAGUCUCCAGGUCUACUGGCCUCCCCACAGUCUACAGGAGAAGCAACGAGUGUGGCCCAUUCACCUCCAAAGAGACCCAGACUGUCAACCCCACAUGGGUGCUCACAGUUAGAUCCCCUUCCAGGUACCUCUACGGACUCAAAGCCUACAGCUACUUUCAUCUUGCUGACCCCGACCCCUCCCACAUCACCAGUCACUGACACCACCUGGCCACCUUCAACCUCUCAGGAUGACAGGUCUGCCAUGCCCCCAGACCCAGCUGCCAUUAGUUCUGCAGCACCCACCACACAAAGUACUUUGUUUGGAAUGAUGAGUAGCCCAACCUCCCAUCUUCUUUCAUCUGUACCUCCUGCUGCAACUUCUGCUCACCUCAUGUUAAAACCGAUUUUGGGGCCCAUGCACAACAAUGAGGUUGGAGGUACCUUAUAUUCCAGAGUUUCCAGCACAGCUUCAGGAUCUUCAAACUUUUCCAUCUCCACAACUCCAGGCAUCUUAAUGUCCACCUUCAAGUCUAUCUUUGGCAGCACAGAAACACUUAAAGCUAUGCCCAUAAUAGCUCCUUUCUCCUCCAAGCAAACCUCUCCUCCAUUUACUCCUGCUUCUACCCAUGUCUUCCAUGGCCUAGACAAGGCCACUCCUUUGGUUGUGUCCACUGCCCCAGCCAGCACAUCCAAAGACUCUGCUUAUAAGCCACCUUUGGACUUUGGUGUAGUGAAUGUUACCAGUAACAUGGGCAACACUUACUCUGUCCCUUCCACUUGUCACACUUUCUUGCUUGGGGAUGCCCAGGCCUUUAAGGCUGGCUUCUCCCCAGCCACAGGCUUCAUUUUCCCACAAUCCCACCAUCCUACCACUCCUUCUGUACACACAGUCACUGGCUUUAGCCAGGUUCUUCCUAGUGCUGUCCAGAUAUCCCCUUGCCGCAGCACUGCUAAUUUCAGGGGUAUGAGCAGCCCUCUGUCAGCCUCCGCCCUAGUACCCACAAGCUGGCCUGCAUUAUCACCCAGCAUCUCCAACCUGACCCCAGCAUUCACAAUUCCCUUGGGGUCAAGCUCAAGGCCACCUUUCCCACUAUCUUCAGGAUCCACUUUCCAGCAUACAUUUGGGGUCACAAAUGGGCAGAAGCAAGGGGCCCCCCAGUCAGCUCUCUCCCCAAGCUUCAGUAGUUCUGUCCUUUUUAAGAACUCAGCCAUGGCAUCCCCAACCUCAAUGUCAACUCUAGCUCGGCCCGCCUUCAGCAGUACUACACAGCCAGCCUUUAGGGGUUUGACACCCUCAGCCUCCACCUUUCACACGCCUGCCAGCAUACGGCGAGACUUUGGCAGCACUCCAGCAGGUUUUCCCUUUGGUCAAGCUAGCACAACUGGCCUUGGAGUUGUCACCCAGACCCAACGGAGUGGGGCUUGUGGCUCAGUGUUUGGCAGCACAGCCCCACGACCUUUUGCCUUUGGGGGAUUAGUGACCCCUAUGGACUGUGGGGAGUGUGGGAUCAGCGUGACUGCCCCAGACAAGAGCUCCUCCUCUGGAGCUUUCAGCAUUGGAGGAGUGCCAAGGGUGACCACUAGCACUGUGACCCCCUUUAGGAAAGGCUGGAGCCAGAACACCCAGGGCCUUCCCAACCAGAAGACACCUUUAGCCUUGGGGAGGGCCAGCAUUUCUGCAAAAAAGCCUAUAUUUGGGGCCCCCUCCAUGGCCCCGUUUGCUCAGAGACUCUUUGUCUCUAGACCAGUUAAGGCAGGCAGCACUCUUGGCUUUGGGAUGACCUCUCCACCUGCCCACAUCUCUGAUGGGAGAGGACCUUUCAGAUCAUCAGCCCCUUCAUUUUCCAUUGGUGCAAAGUCAAAAACCCUAAAGAUUAGGGAGCAAGGGCAUUCCCGAAGGUAUCAUGCCCACCAGAAAUAG